AUUAAUAAUAAAUGCAAAUUUUUAAAUUAAAAUUAAAAUUUAUCUUUUUAUUAUAUAUAAAAAUUUAUAUUAAUAACUGAAAAUCAAAUUGACUUAUAGAAAUCACUAAACAAAAUGUAGAGAAUAUAUAGCGAUGGUGGCGGCAAUGAUGGAAUUGUGAAAAAAAGUAUCGUUAAGAUUGCAUAGAAAAAAAGAUCUUCUACGAAGGUAGUGUAUGAUUGUAGUUUCAUUCAAUAAUUAUUUAUUGAAAAAAAUCGUAAUUUUUGAAAAGAGAAAUAUGGAAGCAGAACCUUUAGAACUUGAAGAUGGUGAAGUUAUAGAUAAUGAGAGCGAUAUUGAAACGUAUAAUGUUUUAAAAAGACCUCAUGCAGUUUCAAAUAAAGAAGAAAAUGUAAAAAUGGGUUAUAGUGAUGAAUCUGACGAUUCUGCAGAUUCUGAAAGUGAUUCUGAUUCAGAUUCUGAACAUAUUAAAAGUAAAAGACCUAAAUUAAAAUUAAGACGUUCUAGAAGUAUGACAAAAAAUUGGUCGGACAAAAAUGAUAAAUAUAAAAUAUGGUGUACUCAAUUACAAGAAGAAUCUUUAACAGAAGAUCUAAUAUUAUGUGGUGUAACAAAAAAGCGGAAUCAAGAACGUAAUGUUGAAAGUUAUAACAUUCCACAUCAUUAUUCUUAUAAUGGUACAUGGAAUAUGGAGCAUCGCAAUAAUAAUAGUUCAGAAGAUGAAAAAGAUGGAGAAAAGAGACUGACAAAUAAAAGAACUAAUUCAGAUAGAAGUAAUAUUAAAUUGAGAUUAGGAAAGAAACGUAAUUCAAUGGAUAUAGAUAAUCAAAAAGGAAUUGCACGUAAAAUUGCGGAUUUAAGUACAACAAUUGAAUCAACUGAUGCAGAUGUUGCUACUGAUAUAACAUCAAAACUUAGUGAGAAAAAAGAUCUCCUUAUAAGAAGAAUUGUAGAUAUAAUUGGUAAAGAAAAAGCUAUUGAUUUUUUUCAAAAAACUAAAAAAAUUGAAGAAGGAGGAGGUAUGUUAAUAAUGAAUGGAUCUAGAAGAAGAACUGCAGGAGGUGUAUAUUUAUGGUUAGUAAAAAAUGAUGAACACAUCCCACGAGAAAAAAUAAGGGAAAUAUUUUAUUAUGAUAAAAAAGAACAUGCUGAACAAAGAAAAGCUGAUGCUGCUGCAAGAAGACAAAAAGCACAAGAAUUAAUAAAAUGUCUAGAAAAUGGUUCAGAAAAAGAUCUUCCUGCUUUAUUAACAAAAGCAGAACUUUCUACAAGAGAAAUUGCAGAAGAAGCAAGAUUGAGGCGUGGAGAAGGCAUGGAUAGAAUGCCAAUGGAUUCUGAUCGAACAAUGACUAAUCCGCCACCAAGUCCUGUAACAGAUGAUCCAGAUCAUUCAGAGCAUCCACUUGUACAAAGGCAUGUUCAAAACUAUGGAGAUGAUUUCCUUGAUAUUGGAAUAGACAUAGACAGUAUGGAAGUACUUUAAAAUAUUACUUUGGAAUAUUUUGGAAUAUGUAUUGCGCAGAUAAUUUGUACAAAAUGAAGUUCUUUACAAAAUAUCUAUACACAUACAUUAUGUGAAUAUAUUUUACAUAAUUUGUACGUUUGCCUAUAAUAUAUACAGAUAAAAAUCAUGGAUGAUCAAAUAUUGAUCAAUCCAAAUCUAUUGCAACGACGUUCCAUAUUGUGAUAAAAUAAUUUAUCAAGUGUACAUAUUAUGGUAAUAUACUUUAUUAUUUUCUCAAAUUUUGAAAAACAAAAAAUAUUUGUAUACUCUUUUUUUUAUGUUUCAUUUAACAGGUUUCUAUUUAUUAUUAAGAUAGAUGUAAAAAAAUGUAAGAGACGUAACAAGUAUGAAAUUUUGUAGAAAUUAUAACAUAAUAUAUACUUACAUAUUAUAUAUUGUGUUAUGUUAUUUUUAUGAAAUUUUCAUCGUUGAAAAUUGUUUAUGUAUAUAAAUAUUAGACUUAUGAAAAUAAAUAUUAGACUAUUUGUACUUUGUAUAAUAUAUUAAACAAAUUGUCUCAUAUAUAAAA